GGUACCACAUACGCAGACCCUUCGGCCGGAAUCUCCAGGGAUGACCAGCCCCUCCCCACGCAUCCAGAUCAUCUCCACCGACUCUGCGGUAGCCUCACCUCAGCGCAUUCAGAUUGUGACAGACCAGCAGACAGGACAGAAGAUCCAGAUAGUAACCGCAGUGGACGCCUCCGGGUCUUCCAAACAACAGUUCAUUCUGACCAGCCCAGAUGGAGCUGGAGCUGGGAAGGUGAUCCUGGCUUCUCCGGAGACGUCCAGUGCCAAGCAGCUCAUAUUCACCACCUCUGACAACCUUGUUCCCGGCAGGAUUCAGAUCGUCACAGAUUCUGCUUCUGUGGAGCGUUUGUUGGGGAAGACAGACGUCCAGCGGCCCCAGGUGGUGGAGUACUGUGUGGUGUGCGGCGACAAAGCCUCUGGCCGCCACUAUGGGGCUGUCAGUUGUGAAGGCUGCAAAGGUUUCUUUAAAAGGAGCGUGAGGAAAAAUUUGACCUACAGCUGCCGGAGCAACCAAGACUGCAUCAUCAACAAACACCACCGAAACCGCUGUCAAUUUUGCCGGCUGAAAAAGUGCUUAGAGAUGGGCAUGAAAAUGGAAUCUGUACAGAGUGAACGGAAACCCUUUGAUGUGCAACGAGAGAAACCAAGCAAUUGUGCUGCUUCAACUGAGAAGAUCUAUAUCCGGAAGGAUCUAAGAAGUCCUCUAAUAGCCACUCCCACGUUUGUGGCAGAGAAAGAUGGAGCAAGACAAACAGGUCUUCUUGAUCCAGGAAUGCUUGUGAACAUCCAGCAGCCUUUGAUACGUGAGGAUGGUACUGUUCUGCUGGCCGCGGACUCCAAGGCUGAAACGAGCCAAGGGGCUUUGGGUACACUGGCAAAUGUGGUAACCUCCCUUGCCAACCUAAGUGAAUCUUUGAAUAAUGGUGACACUUCAGAAAUCCAGCCAGAAGACCAGUCUGCAAGUGAGAUUACUCGGGCAUUUGAUACGUUAGCUAAAGCACUUAAUACCACAGACAGCUCCUCCCCACCAAGCCUGGCAGACGGCAUUGAUGCCAGUGGAGGAGGGAGCAUCCACGUCAUCAGCAGAGACCAGUCCACCCCCAUCAUUGAAGUGGAGGGCCCCCUCCUCUCAGAUACGCACGUCACAUUUAAGCUGACUAUGCCCAGCCCGAUGCCGGAGUACCUCAAUGUGCACUACAUCUGUGAGUCUGCAUCCCGCCUGCUCUUCCUCUCCAUGCACUGGGCGCGGUCCAUCCCGGCCUUUCAGGCCCUCGGGCAGGACUGCAACACCAGCCUGGUGCGGGCCUGCUGGAACGAGCUCUUCACCCUCGGCCUGGCCCAGUGCGCCCAGGUCAUGAGUCUCUCCACCAUCCUGGCCGCCAUCGUCAACCACCUGCAGAACAGCAUCCAGGAAGAUAAACUUUCUGGGGAUCGGAUCAAGCAAGUCAUGGAGCACAUCUGGAAGCUGCAGGAAUUCUGCAACAGCAUGGCAAAGCUGGAUAUAGACGGCUACGAGUACGCAUACCUUAAAGCUAUAGUUCUCUUUAGCCCCGACCAUCCAGGUUUGACAGGCACAAGCCAGAUUGAAAAGUUCCAGGAGAAGGCACAGAUGGAGCUGCAGGACUACGUGCAGAAGACCUACUCAGAAGACACCUACCGCUUGGCCCGGAUUCUCGUCCGCCUACCAGCACUCAGGCUCAUGAGCUCCAACAUAACAGAAGAGCUUUUCUUUACCGGUCUCAUUGGCAACGUUUCAAUAGACAGCAUAAUCCCAUACAUCCUCAAGAUGGAGACGGCAGAGUAUAACGGCCAGAUCACCGGAGCCAGCCUAUAGUGCCCACCGCACCUGCUGCCCAGGCAAGAGCCCUGCCAGGACCGUGCAGACACAGGGGAGUAAAGUAGGCCUAUCUUGGUUUGGAUAACAUCCGGAGGUGAUAGACUUCACAGAGAAAAGAGCUUUUCCUUAGAGAAGUACCGUCAGUGUCAAUGUGGCGCCUGAGCAGGCAUGGACCCGAAAUGCUGCUCCACCUACAACUAAGUGCUGGAAUAUUUUUCUACACUCUCCGUUUUCCCAAUUACCUUGUAAAUCAGUGUUCAACUAGUUUUAUAACCGAAGAGCUGUACAUUUUUCAUAGCAUCAACUGUAGUUUUUACCUGUAGUCUGGAUUUCUGUCUGUAUUAACAGCCCUUUAAAAAAAUGUCUAUUAAAGGAAAAUCCGGGUGUGAGAUUUUUCUGCCCUUCAUAAUAUAGAACUAUCAUUUAUGCCAUUAUCUCUUUUAAUUCCAGGUUCAAAACCUGCUGAAAGCUGUAGCUUUACACAGCUUUCCGCCCCAUGUGAAAUCAGCUUUGUUACGUGAUGGCAUUUAAAAACUAGCAUGUUCUUUUUAAACUGAGUUUUAUAUCUAAUCAGUGUCUUCAGUCUUGAAGAGAAAUUUGCAUUGUUGUGUUUGUAUAUAGAGUACUGCAGUGCAUGAUUAUUAGCUUUAUGCAUUUUAUUAAAUGCUGUUUUGUUGUGGCAUUACUGUUGUGGCUUACUACUACCUACAUGAGGUUUGUACUAUUAAAAGUGUAUUAAAGACUAAUGCGUGACCCAGUAUCUUUCCUCAUGACAGUCCACCAUGCCGCCAUGCGCCCUCCAGCGGGUUCUCCACCAAGGUGAUUUCUGUGCAUUGGACUUGUCAGUGACCAUCUCCACGUCCAUCCACAGGGAGCAAGUUAAUGUGAAGGGUGCCACACAGACCUUUCUAGAGCAGAGCAGU